AUGGAAAAUAAUUUUGAAAACAAUAAAGUCAACACAGACUUGGAAAAAGAAGAGUAUAAUUUUAAUUUUAAUUUUAUAAACGAACCAUGGGAUGACCGUUCAAAAAGAAGUAAAAUUGGAAUAGUUUCAUUGCUCGUUACCAUAUUUAUAUCUACGAUGGCUCUUGUUAUUAAUAACUUAGUUAUGCAUUAUAGAGGAUUUGAUUCAGAGAUAUUCUAUAGUAAUGUUGAAAUAGAUUGUAAUUUGGUUAAAGUAGACGACUACCCGUAUGCUGCACGAAUUCAUUCGGUCUCGUCAAAUGAAGUGAUAUGUAUAGGCGCAGUCGUAUCUUCUUCUUCGAUAUUAGCAAAUGAAUUAUGCAUAAAAUCAGGUCCUAUUCGGUUACGUCUGGGAAACCCUAAUCAGCCCAGAUGUAAAAAAGGCUUUUCUGUUGACACCGUGGAUCCUAUUCCUCAUGAAGGCGUGAUUACAAAAAGUUUGGUACUUUUAAGCAGUUUUGAAAAUAUGAGAGAUUGUAUCAAAAAAAUUAAAAUUAGUGGUAAAGUAGAUUUGAAGAGACAGUUUUAUAUAAUUGGAAGACCCUUUCGCGGCGAAAGAACAUUACCAUUACAAAUUGCUAGAUCCAUUGCAGAUAAUUACACCAAUGGUGAAUAUUUACUAAAUUUUAACAAGAACAAAACAAUAUGCGUGCAAACUAUUGGGAAAUGUCCAGUACGAGCUGGAGACUUACUCAUACAGAAGGGUCGAUUACUAGGUUUAGCGUCUACUAGCGUACAUAGAAGAGAAAAAACGAACAUUGCAUGUUUUGCUGACUUGAGUAUUGUUAAUAAUGAAUUAAAGGCAUUCGAAGUGGAGGUUGACAGUAAAUAAUCUCAAAUGGUUUGAA